AUGAAAGUCGAGGGACUUCGAGUCGAAGAAUUCCAUGUGUCGGCGUGGCCGUCGCUGGCCGUCGGUGACGAAAGAGCUGACACGCCACAUCAGCAUCAAUGUGGUCAUGUUUGGCCACUGCUUGGCCGCCAGUCCCUAGCCAAACUUGAAUUUCGCCCGCCAACCAACCACCUCCAAAGUCGUGUCGCUUCGUUCUCGACGGUACGAGUCGCCAACCCUUACUGCCCACUCCUUCGUCGUCUGCUGGUUCUCUCUAAUACGGAAGUUGCUACUGGGAGGACCCCCCCACCUCCCACAAAAAUGUCGACCGAUGAAAUCCGCGCCCAAUCGUAUGUCGGUUUCGACAGCAUCACGCAGCAGAUUGAGCACAAGCUCUUGAAGCGUGGUUUCCAGUUCAACGUCAUCGUUGUUGGUCCUACUGGGCUGGGCAAGUCUACCCUCAUCAACACCAUCUUCGCCUCGCACCUUAUCGACUCGAAGGGGCGUUUCGCGUCGGAUGAGCCUGUUAGGCAGACAACAGAGAUUCAGGCUGUUUCUCAUGUCAUUGUCGAGAAUGGUGUCAAGCUCAGGCUGAACAUCGUCGACACUCCAGGAUACGGAGACCAGAUCAACAACGAGGGAUGCUGGGACCCUAUCAUUAAGUACAUCAAGGAUCAACACAGCGCGUAUCUGCGCAAGGAGUUGACCGCCAUGCGAGACCGCUACAUUCAGGACACCCGCAUUCACUGCUGCUUGUACUUCAUUAACCCCACUGGCCAUUCAUUGAGGCCCAUUGACGUGAUUGUGAUGAAGAAGCUAAGCGAGGUCGUCAACGUUGUGCCUGUUAUUGCGAAGAGUGAUUCCCUUACUCUAGAGGAGAGGGAAAGGUUCAAGGUCAAGAUUCGCGAGGAACUCGUCUACAACAACAUCCGCUUAUAUCCUUUCGACACGGACGAGGAUGACGAAGAGGAAGUACAACUCAACGAGUCAAUCAGGCAAAUCAUCCCGUUCGCCGUCGUCGGCUCCGAGAACAAUGUCAUUAUCGACGGCAAGUCUGUUCGUGGACGCAAGAACCGCUGGGGUGUAGUGAACGUAGAGGACGCCAACCACUGCGAGUUUGUUCACCUGCGCAACUUCCUCACGAGGACGCACUUGCAAGACCUCAUCGAGACGACCGCCCAGAUCCACUAUGAGGCCUUCCGCUCGAAGCAGCUGCUUGCGCUCAAGGAGGGUGUCAACCAACGGCCUGCUAAUGCCCAGUAG